GCGGGCACCGGGCGGCCGGGGCCGGAGCGGGAGCCGCAGCGGGGCCGGGGUGGGCAGAGCCGGGCCGGGACCGCGGCGAUGAACUUCGCGGUGGGUCUGAAGCCGCUGCUGGCGGAGGCGCGGAGCAUGGAGAGCCUGGAGAAGCAGCUCAUCUGCCCCAUCUGCCUGGAGAUGUUCACCAAGCCCGUGGUCAUCCUGCCCUGCCAGCACAACCUCUGCCGAAAAUGCGCCAGCGACAUUUUCCAGGCCUCCAACCCGCUGUGGCAGUCGCGGGGCUCCAGCGCGGUGCCGUCGGGCGGCCGGUUCCGGUGCCCGUCGUGCCGCCACGAGGUGGUGCUGGACCGGCACGGGGUGUACGGGCUGCAGCGGAACCUGCUGGUGGAGAACAUCAUCGACAUCUACAAGCAGGAGUCGGCCAGGCCCCUGCACGCCAAGGCCGAGCAGCACCUCAUGUGCGAGGAGCACGAGGACGAGCGGAUCAACAUCUACUGCCUGCGCUGCGAGGCCCCCACCUGCUCCCUCUGCAAGGUCUUCGGGGCGCACAAGGACUGCGAGGUCGCCCCCCUGCCCGCCGUCUACCAGCGACAGAAGAGCGAGCUCAGCGACGGCAUCGCCAUGCUGGUGGCGGGGAACGACCGCAUCCAGGCCAUCAUCACCCAGAUGGAGGAGAUCUGCCACACCAUCGAGGAGAACGGCCGUCGGCAGAAGCAGCACCUGGGUCUGCGCUUCGACUCGCUGUACAGCAUCCUGGAGGAGAGGAAGAAGGAGCUGCUGCAGAGCAUCGCCCGGGAGCAGGACGCCAAGGUGCAGCGCGUGCGGGGCCUCAUCCGGCAGUACGGAGACCACCUGGAGACCUCUUCCAAGCUGGUGGAGUCAGCCAUCCAGGCCAUGGAGGAGCCCCAGAUGGCCGUGUACCUGCAGCACUCCAAGGAGCUCCUGAAAAAGAUCACGGACAUGUCCAAGGUGUCGAUGAGCAGCCGCCCAGAGCCCGGCUACGAGAACAUGGACCACUUCUCCAUCAACGUGGACUAUGUGGCGGAGAUGCUGAGGACCAUCGACUUCCAGACAGAGCCGCUGGGCGAGGAGGAGGCGGAUGGACCUGGCGAUGGCAGCGAGGCCGCAGCAGACGAGGACCGGCUGGACAGCCUGGAGGGGCCCGAGGCUGCGGAGGAUGUGGGGCCGAGGCAGAAGCCGGCGAGCUCUCCCCAUGGUCAGCACUGAGCCGGCGCCGUGGGCAGCGUUGUCACCCGCCAGCACGUCCCUGUCACCCCUCGGUGAGCCCCAGCCCUGCCCCUGCAAUUCCCCAGACACUGGAGCUGCCCCUUCCCAACAUUAAACUGUGUGUGAGGACGUC